CCCCGCCAAGCCCAGCCGCCCCGGGGAGCCCGUCGGGGGAACAAGCCACGGCAGCGUCUGGGCUUUGCGCGGCGGCCGACCCGUCAGGCAGGUUUCCCGGAGCAGCGAGCUGAGCCGGAGAGAACCAUCCCGGGACGGGCAUGCUCCUCCGCCUGCUCGCAGGCUGACAGAGCCCCCCCCGGCUCUCUGCUCGCCGCUAAAGCCAUGCGGGUGGCUGGGUUGCUGCUGGCUUGGACGCUGCUGUGUCCCGCCGGCACCCAGCAAUGCCAUCCCGCUGGCCCCGGCGGCGUCCUCCGCUUCACCGACAGGCACGCUGAGAUUCGGGUGCCGGCGCUGCACCGGGUACCCAGCUCGCUCGAUCCCCUCUACAGCCUCAUCCGGCAUUGCCUGGAUCUCAUCCAGCAAAACCCUCUGCCCACAGAGCUGCUCAGGGCAGCCCUGAAUGACCCCGGCUCGGUGCGGACAUCACAGGUGGUGCAGUAUGAGCUGGGCUAUGUCAUCUGUGCUGUGGUGGCCCUGCUCUUCACUGUGGCUGUGCCGGUGGCCGGGAUGUGCUUCUGCUACUGCCGAAGCCGCCGGCGGUGCGGGGGUCGCCUGCGUGCCCACCGGCGCUCGCUGGGCUGCCGCCGCCACUGCCUGUUAGCCUGCCUCACCCUCACCUCCCUCAUCAUCCUGACCAGCGUCAUCUGCGCCUUCGUCACCAGCCAGCGGGUGAAGGGGCAGAUGGAGCCGGGGCUGGGGGCCGUGCCGGUCACCCUGCGCACGCUGCGGCAGCACAUCGCCAACGUCCCCCAGGGGGUGCAGAUGGUGGUAGACCAGUUUGAGGUGCCCCGGCAGCAGAUAAUCUCCGACCUGGGUGGGCUCAGCCGGAGCGUGGGGCUCUCCAUCCACACGCAGCUGAAGGCGAUGACCUACGCGGCGCUGGCAGACCUGCAGGACAGGGCUGGAGACCUACAGACCUCGCUGCACCAUUUACAGAUUCUUGACAAGACGGCGCGGGCGCUGGCGGCGGCGCGGGCCGAGCUGGAGCCGGCGCUGCGGGAACGGCGUCGGCGCGUGGUCGCGCUGCUGGACGACCCGCGCUGCACCUCCUGCGCCAGCGUCCUGGGCAGGGCACAGAGCCUGGAGCUGGGUGCUGACUACAGCAAGGUGCCGUCAGCAGAGAAGGUUUUGAAGGCGCUGGCUGGUCUGCCCCGAAGUGACUUUGCGGAGAUGAUUCGCCAGGGCAAUGGCACUUUCAACUCCAUCCCGGAGCUGGCUGUGGAGAGGAUGGCACAGGUCAUCCAGGAUCUGCGGGACGAGAUGGCCCGUGUGACGGAGAAGGUGCAGUCCAUCGCCGACGGCUUCCCCCUCCCUGACUACACCCAGCCCGUCAGCGAAGCCCUGGUGAAGGCGGAGGACAGGAGCCAGCCGUACCUCCGGGAGGUGGAGCGCUUCGAGCACUACAGGUGGAUUGCGGGCACGGUGCUGUGCUCCAUCAUCCUCCUCAUCCUCGCCUGCAACAUAACAGGGAUGGCCCUGGGGGCGUAUGGGCUCUCCAAGCGGGAGGACCCGAGCGACUAUGAGUGCCGAGGAGAAGCCGGCGCCAAGUUUCUCCUGAUCGGCGUGGGCCUGGCUUUCCUGUUCUCCUGGCUCCUCAUCCUCCUGGUUUUCGCCACUUUCCUGGUUGGGGGCAACAUCCAGACGCUGGUUUGCAGGAAUUGGGUCAACCAGGAGAUUUAUAAGUUCAUCGACACCCCUGGGAACCUUCCUCCAUCCAUGAAUCUCACCCGCCAUCUCAACCUCAGGAGGGACUCCAACCUCAGUGCCAUGUACCGGGAUUGCAAGAGCGGUGCAGGGCUGUGGGAGGUGCUGCAGCUCGAAAGGUCUUACGACCUGGAUGAGCACCUAAAAACCCCCAAGUACACGGCUGAUUUCCAAAAACGCCUGGGCGACUUCACGGCGCGCCUGGGCGACGUGCGGCUCCUCCGCAGCGAGGGCAGGCAGGACCUGGAGACCUUCGCCCGCAGCGGCGUGGACGAGGUGGACUACAGGCGUUUCCAGGAGGAGAUGAAAAACCCCGUGGUGCAGACCAGCCUCCCUGGCUUGGCGAGGAGCCUCGAGGGGCUGCAGAAAAUGCAGAGGAACGGCACGGUGGCAGAGUGGCUGGCCGCUGAGGCCCGGGCCCUGUGGCAGAUGCAAAACUCCACGGUGCAAUCGCAGGAAGCUUUGGUGGCAAAGCUGGGGGAAAGCGUCCAGUUCCUCUCCCGCUUGGCGCCACAUCUCCAGGAACGGGUGAAGACGACACUGGCCACCACGGCCUCAGUGGAAGCCCGGCUGCCUGUGCAAGCCCAGCAGAUCCUCCGGCAGGAGAUCGGCUGCUUCACGAGAAAGGAGCUGCGGUACUUCACGCAGUACCUGAACUGGGUCGGGCAGACGCUGAGGGAGGAUGUGGCUUCGUGCCAGCCGCUCGCCACUGCCCUGGACAACGGGCGGGUGAUUCUGUGCGACCGCAUCGCUGACCCCUGGAAUGCUUUCUGGUUCAGCCUGGGAUGCUGCACCUUCUUCCUCAUCCCCAACAUCAUCUUCGCCAUCAGGCUCACCAAACACUUCCGCCCCAUCCGCAACCGGCUCAUCUCUACAGGUUCAGAGGAGACCUGCCCUUUCCACAUUCCCCGUGUCACGGCACUCAAGCUCUAGGACGGGGGGUCUGCUGGGUGCAGCAUCCUGCCCUGCACCUCAGGAGCUCCCAUCAAACUUGUGCCCAAGCAUUGCAGGGCUCCAUGUCCCUCCGACGUCUCGCAGGACUCUGGAUCCCUCUGACGUUUCUUCCUCGGUCUCCUUCAGGGUCUGAGCUUCCUUCCCAGGAGCGGGGCAUGCGCCUCCAUGCGCCAUGGGGCUCCGGUUCCCUCUGACUUCUCUUCCUCAGCCGCCUUUGGGGUCUGAGCACCCGUCAGGGAAGCUCCUGGAGCCCAGCUGAUCCAGGGCGCAGGGGAAGGUUCCCCGCAGCUCCCGCUAACCGCUGGUACACCCCCCACAGACCCUGCAGGGAAGGACACCCGCCUGCUGCCCCACGAUGCUUCCCCACACUCGGGACCCCCGGGCAAUGGGCAUAUUAAAGUCCUCUCCAGCCAAA